UAUUUCGCAAUCGUAUACCCAUUUCGGUCGCAACAGUGUAUAAAAUCGCAUAAAUUUUCCGCAAUUUUGCUCAUUUGGUUCGUAGGGAUAGUCAUCGGGAGCUCGCAAUUGAUUAAAUCAAAGGCCGUUCCCUUUGAAUACAACGACGACUCCUACUAUGACUGUCGCGAAGAUUGGGCUGACUUUGAGGGCAAACUCUACACGAUAUUCAUAUUCGGGGUCACAUUUGUGGUGCCAAUAGUAGCCCUUAUAUUUGUCUACACGAAGAUCGGCAUACAUUUACUCAAGAAUGAGAUGCCGGGCAUACCCGAUAGGAAUCGGGAUGAAUACCGCAAUAAUCGCAAUAUAAAGAUUCAAAGUCGUCGGAUGGAUAGGGAGGGAAAGGGAUGUAUAUUCAAAAUGUUGUUCACAAUUGUGAUGCUAUUUGCCAUUUGUUGGCUUCCUAUCCAUAUAUUCUCACUACUGGUGUGGUUCUACCCAAACAUACUGAACCUGAAGCUAAAAGUUGAAUACUUUACAUACGUGGGCACCUACUUCUUUUGCCACUGGAUCUCCCAGUUUCACUCACUGGUCAACCCUAUUGUCUACUGUUUUAUGAGCGAAAAUUUUCGGUAUAUG